UAUUUUGACUUGUCGGACUUUGUUGUCUUCUGGUAUACGCACAGAUUAGAGUCCAUGGUUCACGAUCACCACUAUCCUUUCACAUAGGGGCUCUUAUUUAGCCACGUACGUAAUCUUUUGGUAGCGUUCACGCUGCUAUCAUACCCACACCGGCAUAUCUUUCUUCUACAAAAUUAUUGAAAUCUCCCUUUUUAUUCAGAAAUGGCUUUCUGCCAUACCCCCUGGUUGAUACGCUUAUUGUGUAUUCUCCUGGCUUUGAGAGAAGAGUUCUCUGUUUUUGUUGGUUCAACAAGUGACAAGAGGCUUGGUGGACCUAUAAUCAAUGUAACAAAGCAUCUGUCUUUCCCGGAUUUCAGCUUCAACAACAAUCCCAGAAUUGUCCAUGAUGUUAAGCUCCUAGGCAGUGCCAAGUUGUCAAAUGAAAAGGGUGCUCUCCAAAUCCCUGAUGAAGCGCAAGCAAUUGAUAUCCGACAUCGAGCAGGCCGAGCCCUCUACUCCUCCCCCAUCCGCCUCCAUGACCCGCACACCGAAACCCCAGCUUCCUUCGAAACAACCUUUGCUUUUCAGUUGAACAAUGCUACCCACCUGAGUUCUAAUGGCAGCGAAUAUGGCGGUAGUGGCCUUACCUUCAUCAUCGUCCCUGACGAGUUCACUGUCGGACGGUCCGGGCCAUGGCUCGCCAUGCUUAACGACGCUUGCGAGGACAACUACAAAGCAGUGGCUGUUGAGUUUGAUACACAUCAAAGUCCCGGAUUCAAAGACCCGAAUGACAACCAUGUGGGAAUCAACUUGGGCAGCAUCAUUUCCACCAGAACAUUCAAUGCCUCCGAUGUUGGUGUAGUCCUUAAGGAUGGUCUGGUUCACAGAGCUUGGAUCACCUACGAUGGUCCACGCCGUUGGAUGGACAUUCGUUUAGGAUCAGGCGACGAUGAUUACCCAACAAAAUCCAUCUUCUCCGAGUCACUUGAUCUCUCGCCGUUUCUGAAAGAAUACAUGUUUGUAGGCUUCUCAGCUUCCACAGGCAACUUGACCCAAAUCCACAACAUAUUGUCAUGGAACUUCACGUCCACAAGCCAAGCUUUUCUCCGCAUGCCUUCGACGGAAACAUGUGAGAAUAAGAUCCUCGAAGAUAUGGAAAUCACCAAGAAGGCUCGUGCUGAACCGCCAAGCAGCUUCUUGAUUUUUGUGGCUGUGGUGGCGUUGGCUCUGGUGGUUCUGCUCGCUUUGUUCCUUAACGGUAAGCGCAGACAUGAUAAAUCAAACAGUAUUGUUGUUUUGCCGGACUUAAAACAACGGCCAACACCUCCUAAUAAACCUCGCCGUUUCACCAUUUCUGAGAUUUCCUCUGCAACCAGGUGUUUUAGUGAGUUAGAAAUACUGGGUAGUGACUCGAGAGCCGUUUAUUAUAGAGGAAAGCUUUCCAAUAGCUGCCAAGUAGCUGUGAAGCGGUUCUCCGCCCAGUUUCUGAACUCGCAGGGGUUCGAUAGGCGGCGACUGCUGAAGGAAAUCGGUGCUAUGAGCCGGGUUCGUCACCCAAAUUUGUUGCCUAUCAGAGGCUGGUGUCAAGAUAACCGCGAAGUCAUGGUUGUGUAUGACUUCUUCACCAAUGGAAGCCUCGACAAAUGGCUAUUUGGUGUCGGUGUUCUUCCAUGGAGUCGGCGAUUCAAGGUUGUGAAAGAUGUGGCCGACGCCCUUUGUUUCUUACACUCCAAGCAACUACCCCACAAGAAUAUGAAAACGACCAGCGUCUUUCUCGAUCUUAGUUUCCGAGCAGCCUUAGGCGAUUUCGGCUUCGUGCUCUCCGGGACUGACUCAAGACAAUUCGAAUCAGCCGUGAGUGAAAAGGUCGACGUGUUCGAAUUCGGGGUCUUUGUGUUGGAAGUGAUUGCCGGAAGGAAGAGGCUGGACGCCGAGGUGGAUCACAAAGAGAGGGAUUUGCUGGAUUUUGCUUGGAGGAUGCAUGAGGUUGAUGAGAAGUUGAAGGUGGUGGAUGGAAGAAUGGGCUCGGCGCUCAACCUGAAGCAAGCAAUUCGGGUUUUGGAAAUUGGGUUGCUUUGCACAGUAAACGAGACCAAAGGCAGGCCAUGUAUGGAGGAGGUGGUGGAGUUUCUGAGCAUGGAGGGACCGAUUCCUGAGCUGCCACCGACAAGGCCUGUUUCUUUGUUCCCCUACAACAGCACCACCGGCCUUUGCACUGGCUAUUCCUGUGCUUCUUUCAAGUGAACCCACAUAAAUAGCCAUAUUUGAAAUAGCCAAUUACAAAAGAUGGGCAUAGUUUGGAUUGUGAAUUCAAUUAAGAUGUUUAUAAGAUUUUGAAGAUGAUGUUGUAUCAUAGGUUUGAAAUUAUGUUAAUGGGUUUUUAUUUUUAUUUAUA